GCAAAGCCUGAGAGAUGAAUAAGAAUGUUAGGCCACCAAAACUCCCUUUGGGAUUUGGUGUCCAGGCAACUCAAUCCCCGCCUUGUCUCCUUAUCUGUGCCCCCAACCCAGCAUCUGCUCCCUCUCUGUAGCCAACUUCCCUUCGGUCUCUCUUGCUGACUCAGCCUCCCCCAUUUCUGUCCUCACCAGAUGCCUGACCAUGGUCCCAGCCCUGCAACUUUUGCUGCUGCUCUCAGGGACUGGAGGGAACUUGGGGGUUUUUUUGGAGGGACGCCCAGGAGAUCGGGUGAAUAUCUCUUGCACUGGGGUCUCCCACGCGACCCGAUGGGCUUGGGCUCCUAGCUUCCCUGCCUGCGUGGGCUUGCUUCGGGGCCGCCGCCCAGUUUUCUGGGCCUCCGCCCCAGGAAAUCCCACCCCAGCCUCCACCUCGCCCUUCACUGGCCGCCUGCGUGCCUUGGACCCCAAUGGCAUCCAGCAGCUGGAGCUGCUCCUGGCUCGAGGAGACUCCGGGACCUUCUUCUGUACCGGAAUUGGAGGCCGCCGGGACAAUGAGAGCCGUACCUCGCUCAAAGUGCUUGGGGACUUGGCUGCUUGCCGAACCCCCAGCUCCACCUCCGGAUCCUCGUAUCCUGUGUUCCUGUACCCUCUGCUGGGCGUCGGGUUGGCUUUAGGACUGGCGGGGCUGGGGAUAGCUUGGAGACUUCGUCAGGUACCCCCUUUCGGGCUAGUCAGAACCAGAACCGUCCCAGGAUUCGGUGAGAAUAGCUCCUUUCCCCACCUCCAUUCUAUGACUGGGCAUAUCCCCUCUUCCCAUCCCUCAGCUCUGCCCCCAUCCCCCCCUACAAAAGCUCCACCCGUGAACACCGAGAUCCAGAGUCGAUCGAAAGAGGAGCCCCGGGAAAGAGGGGACUUGGAUGUGGAACGGAGCCUUCUCUAUGCUGAUCUGGACCACAUUCCCCUCAGAAACCCAAGAUGGUUGCGCACGACCGUCCCCAAGGAUGCCGCCACUAUCUAUGCAGUAGUAGUUUGAGAAGGCCUCAUCCCAACACACAACAUGUGGUACUCCCGACUCUCCCUCUCACCUGCCAUUUUUUCACCCCCAGAGAGUCAUCAGAAGCUAAUCUUGAACCCAUCUGUGCUUUGGACAUUCCCUGCUCCCUAUAGCUCUCGAAGACAGACCAGAAUUCUGAACUCCACCCU